AAAUAAUCACACAGUGCACUGUGGCUUGCACCUUGUUCGUAAUCAAAUAGAAAUUUUAAACAAUACACUGUUUUGUGUUUGUGUUAGACAUGGGUGAUUAGGUUGUGUCAAAGCUCUUGCAUGUCAAAAUUGCACUCUUAAGAUGGCCAAGAUAAUAAAAUCUAUAUUUAACACGUCAGAGAGACGUAAGUCCCGUUUUGAGGACAAAGAGGAAGAUGUUCCAUCACCAGAUCUUAGAAGGAAGUUGUCUAUUUCUAGAUCGGGUAGAAUGAGGCAGGCGAACAAAAAACGACAAUCGUUGUCUUUGGAAGUUUAUGGGCAGGAACAUCAAGACAAGCAAAAAACAGUAGAUCAGAAAUCGGAAACAAAAAGGCGACAGAGUACAGAGUUAUCACCCGAGGAAGAAAUAGAUAGCGCGUUUGAGAUUAUAGACAAGACGUAGUGAUUAUUAACUGUGAUUAAUUAAUUAAAUAAGGCCUCGCCUUUAAAAUUAUACUCUCGAUUUUUAGGAGAUAGGUACUAUAGUUCAAGAUUAAAGGAGAGUUGUUUGGUUAUUAAGUUUUAUAUUUUUAUAAAAGGGGUGUUUGGCAUUGGUUAAGGAAAGUGAAAUUAUCGUGAAUGCGUAUAUAGACAUUAUAGUUUCAAAUACGAUGCUCCAGUUUUCCAUUCUAUGAAGAUAGCAACAUAUUGUUUGUGGUACGAGGUACUGAAAAUCUUUGACCGUGUGCUGGACAAGCUCGAUAUGAUGUCAUAAAAUUUGAUAUUGCGUAACUGAGUCCCUAAUUAUUAUCACAGGUAAUGGUUGAUGUUUUAGGGACCUUCUUCUUCAGUGUGAGUGUGAAUUUCAGAAUAUUUCAUGUCUGUCAAUGAUAACAGAAUAUUGACGUUAUUUAGAGUUUCGACCGUAUAUCAAAAGUUAUGUAAGACGACAUGGCACUUUCGUGAUACGGUUUAAGAUCACUAUAACUACGUAUUGGCCGCAGUCUUUAUCAAUAUCUUAAGAUACGCAAUAAUAUACAUAAGUGGUAUUAUGUAUCUUUUUUAAUGUUUUUCGUUACAAUAUUUUUUUUAUAUUAUGUCGGUUUUAUUCACAUAUUAAAAACAUAAAAUUUUGUUGCAUUUGUUUAUUUGCAAAAGAUUUAGUGAUAAGGAGUAAUUGAAUGACAAUUAAUUGCAAUAAAUAUUAAUGUCGUAUGUCAGAUAUAGGUGUAUCAUAAAAACGUUAAAUUUUAAACCCAAAUUGGUGUUUUGAAGCCGUUCAAGGACAAAACAUUCGAAAGGCUUAUAGUACCUACGUUUGAUGAAUACCUACUACAUUGCAUAUUAAAUAUUGAAGGGUGUGCUAUAUUCUAUUAUUAAUCUAUAUUAAGCCUAAGAAUUGCUUGUAUUUUGUUUUUCAAAUAUAAGACUGA